UGGUAAUUGAAACAGAAAAUCUAAAGGAUUGUCAUUCUCCCUCACGUUUUUGUUCAAAGGAAUUUGGAUGGCUCAAUUGAUGAGAGCACCAACAAUCUGCUUCACUCCAAAGCUAUUUCCUAAACACCCCAGAAAUAGGAUGGCUUUGAAUGCCAACAACAUGACCGCUUCCUUAAACAACAAUACCAACAACAGGAAGCUUCCCAUAUUGCUCUUUGACAUCAUGGACACCAUUGUUCGUGACCCCUUUUACCAUGAUAUCCCCGCCUUCUUCAGAAUGUCUUUCAAGGAACUAAUAGAGUGCAAGCAUCCAACUGCAUGGAUUGAGUUCGAAAAUGGGGUGAUUAAUGAGGAGGAGCUAGCUGGAAAAUUCUUUAAAGACGGAAGGGCUUUUGAUUUGGAAGGCCUCAAAAAUUGUAUGAGAAGAGGAUAUUCCUACAUAGACGGAAUUGAACAAUUGCUUCAAGCAUUAAAACAAAACAACUAUGAGAUGCAUGCUUUCACAAAUUACCCCAUCUGGUACAAAAUAAUUGAGGACAAGUUAAACAUUUCAAAUUAUUUAUCCUGGACAUUUUGCUCAUGCAUGUAUGGAAAGAGGAAGCCUGACCCUGAUUUCUAUUUGGCUGUUGUGGAACAUCUUAAAGUUGAUCCUGUGAGCUGUAUAUUCAUUGAUGACAGGAUCAAAAACGUUGAGGCUGCUGUCGGAGUUGGCAUUACUGGUCUUCACUUCAAGAACCCAGAUUUACUACGUCAAGAUCUUGAACCUUUGGGGGUUGACAUUUCCAUAGAUGGACAUGUAAGUGAGAAUCAGCUUAAGCCUGCAGAAGGACAGACAUGGUGAUAUCUAAAUUAUAUAUUUGUGUUAUUGUCUUUUUGGCCUUCUGCCUUGUUAAUAAUCGCUUCAUUGUCGUUAUUUUGUAUGGAUAUCCUUCUUUGUAUUGAGCAUCCAUUGAACAGAGUAUGUUGGAAUUCCCCCGGUUAUGGUGCCCAUUGGACCUUCCGCA